AUGGUGAUGAAGACGCAGAGGCAACAUGGGCCAUGUCUCCACCCUGGCAUGUCAGCUAUCCGGAAGCUCCGCUUAGCUGUCACCCAUCACCCAUCAUCAGUCCACGAUUCAAUUCGCAGAAGCCGCACCUCCCCCGAAGAUUCCGAGCUACAUUUUCAAAAUCUUGUUAUUCUUCGUCACCGCAGCGAAGUCCUCAGUUUUAGAGGAAGGUUGCGAGACGCCCAAGCACGAAGAGUGCAGAAUUCCGCUGCCCAGCGUCUAUCCCCCGCCCCCGAAGAAGAAGAAGCUGAUCGGCGGAAAGAGGAGGGACGCACCAAAGAACAGGGUAGGGCCACUGGAGAAUCAGAUUGGUACACUUCUGGUGUAGCUAACCAGUGCGACAUGGCAAUCACUAAUGGCAAUACUUGGCUGGUCGACAUGGUUGAGGAUAUAAGUGGGAAGAUUGAAGAAUUCUGUUUGGAUGUAGAAGAUUGCAUCUGCACGGACACGGUUCAUUAUGUUGAAAGCAAGCUAAAGAAGGUGCGUGCUGACAUGAGAAGCUUUUGCUUGAAGUUCGUGCAAGAAGUUUUCACCUCGUCCCCGGAGCAGGCGAGUGAAGAGGUACUGUCCGAUAUGCCUCCGCUGGAAAUUACUGACAGCUACACAACAUCGGACCCUGCUGAAGGAGACUACCUCCAAGAGGAUUCUUGUAGUAUAAACAACUACUCCGAUGUGGACUCCGAGAGCUGGGGCGACUCCACACAAGAUGUGCCAAUCUCUCAAGCUGAAGAAACCCCGUUGAAGUUCAAAGACGGACACAAACGUGCCUCUUUAAUGGAAGGACUUGGGGAGGAUGUCCAUGGUUUGGAUACCUGCGCUGACAACAUAGGUACAGUCAAGUCACUCUAUUGCGUUAGUCCAGAAGAACAUGUGAGCAUCAUUCCUGAUGUCACAUCCUCGAAUGCAUUCGUAGAACCAAUCGCAGGAUCGGAUUGCUCAGUUUCUCGAGACCACCAUUGUGUCAAUGAGUUGAUCAAGCUUGAUGAGAGCUGCAUUAUUGUAGAUGCCGGAGAACUUUGUUCAGCUCCUAACGAAAUGACUGAAGCACGAGUAAUACAGAACUUCAUUCUGGAGAACAUGGCAUCCACAAUGAGGAACCACGAGUUUGAUGAAUCUGAAUGGGAGAUCAUAUGAUUGAAGAUCGGUAAUCAUCGGAAGCGUCGAGGGUACUCAAAUUUAACUAUCAAUAGCGCAGCAUCAGCAAAAUGAGAGUUUUCAUGCAUCCGGCAACUUGAUUUUUGAUUACCAUCUAGGGG